UCCGGAUAGGGGCGGAAGGGUCUAGAGUUGUGGAGAGGUUUCCGGAAGACUCUAGAACCCUUUGGAUAUUUCAAGAAGGUUUUGGAAGGUCCUAGAGUAUGUAGAGAAUUCUAGAGAGGGACUAGAUAUUUUCUAAGAAGUCUUGGGAAAAUCUUAGAAAGUGUAGAAUUCUCUAGAAAGAGGACCAAAGUGUAAAUAAGUUUAGGGACUUAGGAAGUAAUUUAAAAUUGUACUUUAGUCCCUAGGAGUUAGUAUAAAUAGGUGGUGCCAUUCAUUUGCAAGGCAUCCAAGCAAGUGUAAGCAUUCUCCAAGCAAUACAAAAGCCUUCUUCCAAAACUCUCUUCUUUGAUCUUUCCAAGUCUUCCUUAAAGCAUUCUCUUAGCGAUCUAAGUCUUAAAGGCUUCCUUGAGUUUACAAGAUCUUGAAAGAAUAGUGAGUAAAUUGUCAAGGGCCGCACGGAACUUUAGCCAACACUCUAAGUCCGUGACAUUAGGCUUAGUUUUGAUGGUCUGGACAAAGAUGAGAAGGAUUUAUUUCUAGAUAUUACAUUUAUGGAUAUUGCAUGCUUGACUAGAUGUAAUUUUCAUCUUUAUGUGGAACUAGUACAGAGAGAUGCGAGUCGUGGUUUUCUAAUAGAUUACCUUAUCGAAAAAUCUCUGUUAUCCAUUGACCUGAAUAAUAGUAUUGUGAUGCAUAAUAUGAUAAGAGAAAUGGGAGAAAAUGUCAUAUGGGAAGAGUAUGCUAACAGCAGAAUAUGGCUUCCCGAGGAAGUUUGUGACCUUUUUACAGAAAAGUUGAUAACAGAAAAGGUGCAAUGUCUACGUAUCCCAAACGAUUACUAUUAUGAAGAUGAUUUUGUCGAUUACAGCAAUAUUUUUAAGAGGAUGCAAAGCUUACAAAUACUCAUAGUUGGUAAUGGAACUUUUAGCUCAAACUGCGCUAUCACUUAUCUUCCUUCCAGCUUGCGGUUUAUUGAUUGGCUGGGGUAUUCUUCAAUUUCAUUGCCAGAGAGCUUUGAACCAUCACAGCUUGUUGUGCUUUGUUUAUGUGAAAGUAGGCUUGUGGAACUUUGGCCAAUAUCAAAGAAAUUCAGCAAUUUGAAGUAUUUGGAUCUACGCGAAAGCCUUGGGUUAACAAAAACCCCUAAUUUUGGUGAUAUGCCAAUCUUGGAGACACUAUAUUUAAAGGGGUGUGUGAAUUUGAAAGAGGUCCAUCCCUCUCUUGGACAUUGCAGAAUGCUUACUGCUUUGAGUUUGUGUUUUUGUUGCAAACUUAAGAAGCUUCCAAAAUUUGUCUGCAUGGAAUCUCUUGUGAUUCUCAAUCUCAGUAGUUGCACAAGCGUUGAAGAAUUUCCAGAAAUCUGUGGAGAUAUGCGGCACUUAUCAAUACUCUAUCUAGGAUCCCCCUGGAUAAGAAGCUUACCCCCGUCUCUCAGCGGCCUUAGAGAGUUGCGAUUGGAUGAUUGUGAAAUUCUUGAAAGUAUUCCAGACACUAUUCGAAAUCUUAGUGAUCUCAGAAUUUCAGGUUGCAAUAAACUUGCAACACUGCCAAACAACCUCUUUGAAUCACAGCAAUUGAAAUAUCUUGAAAUACACCGAUGUUCUGGAUUGGUAAAGCUCCCCAUAUCUCUUGGAGUUCAAAAGAAUCUCUGUUUGUUAGAGUUAGAUUCAUGUGAGAACUUAAAGAAGCUUCCAAGCUCUAUUCAGAUGGAAUCCCUUCAAAAACUCAUGAUAUCUAAUUCCCCAAAAUUAGAUACAUUUCCAGAAAUCAAAGGAGAUAUGCAUUACUUGAAAAAUCUGAAUCUGAGUUCUACAGGGAUAAGAGAAGUACCUUCAUUCAUUGGGAAUCUGCUUAGCCUCAUUUCUCUAAAUCUGUCAGGUUGUGAAGAUCUUGUAAGUCUACCAGACAGCCUCUGUAAUUUGAUGAAUCUUCAAUAUCUUUUCCUCAGAGGGUGCAAAAAGUUAGAGAAGCUUCCAGAAAACAUGGGUGAUUUGCAAGAGUUACGUAUGUUUGAUGCGGGCGAAACUGCAAUAUACCAACCACCUCUCUCCAUCACCAAGCUUGGGAAACUGAAAGUGUUAUGCUUGUGGGGACUUCCUGAGGAUUUAGGAUCUUUGCACUCUUUGACAAGCUUGCGUUUAAGUGGAAGCAAUAUUUCUUGUUUACCAAAAAGCUUUAAAGGACUCUUACACCUUCAGCAUCUGAACAUACAAUUCUGUCAGAAUCUUAAUGAACUGCCAGGAGAGCUACCCCCAAAUUUAAGGGAGCUAUUAGCAGAUUAUCAUUUAGCCUUGAAGAGCAUCAAAGAUCUCGUAAUUAAUUGUCUUAAGCUGUAUUGGCUCGUAAUAUCCGACUGUGGAGCCGUCUCAAGUGAACAAGUUAAUGUGUUCCUACAGCAUUUUCUCAGGACAUGCAUCCAGUGUGACUUCCAUCAAAGGGAUUAUUUUCUCAUUAAUUUUCCCAGAGUCAGAAUUUCAGAGUUGUUCGAUUAUGAUUGUCCGUUUAUAAAUCAAGAAAAGAUGUCAAUUGAUCUGAAUCCAUCUUGGUAUACCAAUAAAUUCAUGGGUUUUUGGAUAACCUACGGUCCUACUACAAAGUACAUAAGAUUAGAAGCUACAUUGGUCUGCAAAUGUGACCCUGAAAGAAAAUAUUCCUUGAAGUCUAACAACAGCUUCCAUGAAAAUAUGGUGUCCAAGUAUCCUUUCAUAUGUUGCGUCUACAUACCAUUUGAAACAUUGUGGAAUGCUUCUGGCAAUAAAGAAGGGAAGAAUCCAAAUGAUUAUUACAUGUUGGAGUUUUCUCACAUGUUCUGGCCGGAGACCAAAGAAGCAUGCUGGGGAAUUCGGCUGGUGUAUGAACAGGAAGCAAUGAGUGAUGAUAGCGGUCAUAGAAAAAAGAAAAGAAGAAGCAAUGAGUGAGGCAAAGGUCUGUUUAUAUGAAAAAGGUUAUUUGUAUUUGGAGAGACAUUUUUAAUUUGAAAAUUUAUACUUAUUAAAAA